AUGAAAUGUGAAAAAAAGGGUCACGUUUGGAACCUCUCCUUUUUUACCAUAUGGUUGGUAAUUUUCUUAAAAAAUAUAAAUGCUCGUGUACGCAUUUCAGAUUUUACUUACCCAAGUGAGAAGGCCGUCCUUCAUGCGGAACAGUUUGAAACUGAAUAUAUAUCCAUUUUGAAGUUGGAAAAUGAUGGCAUAGCAACGCCCGAGCUUGAAAUUAGUGAUCGUUACCUAAUUUCUGAGGACCAGACAGCUCAAAAUUGCGAUUCACCGAAUGAUGAUCUUGGAAAUGUGCUAAUAAAAAAAAAUGAAAAAAACAACUUUUUAUUUGUGCAAAAGCAGGAUGAAGAAAUUUUCAUUAAGGAUCGAAAUUAUAAGUGCUCACUUGUGUCCUCUGUUGAGAAAAAAGAUCCACCACAUCAAAUAGUUAAAGAGAAUUAUGAGAAGAUAAAUGUGGGAGAGCUAGCCAAUUGCGACGAUAAUAACAGCAAAAAAUUCGUAGAUUAUUUUAACCUCUUAGACGUCCUUCUCAUUUCGGAAGAUGAAAAAUGUGAAACUGUUUUAGAAACACCAUUAACGAAAAAUGUGCAGGUAAUAAAAUGCGUAGGCUACAUUGGGCAUAUAACCAACUUUCCUGAGUUAGAGCAUAGCACCUAUUACAUCUGCUUCAAAACGAAUGAUUUAACUUUACUAAUUAGUACCUUCAUAGCGGAUAAGACAAUUGCUAAUAAUACAUUUUACUGCACUGUUGAUAAUCCAAUCUGCUCUAUAACAAUUAGUGUAAGCCUUUUUAAUAAUGUACCAUAUAUAGUGCAUAAUACGUUGGUACUUAAACCAGACUGCGCAGAUAUAAGCAGCCCUAUCUACAAGGAUGAUCACGUACUUAGUGGGGAGCAUUAUACCUUCUUUUUUAAGAAUGAUGAAAAGGCAUACUACCGCGAUAUAUGCAUACUGAAGGAUAUGAAAUACGAAAAAGUGGGUAACCUAUUUUUCAUAGAGACAUAUAUACCCAUUAUAUGUUUUAUAGGCUCAGAAUGCGUAAUAAAAACACACACCGCUAUGGAAAAAAUAAAAUACAUUAUGAAUAAUGUAGAAAGCACCACAUUCUCAUGGUCCCGAACCACCUGCAAUAAUAGGACCGUGGAGGAAAAUGAUAUAACCACCUACCUAAAAGAACAAGACGGAUAUUUAUACAUAAUUAGUGAAAAACAUCUAACUGAAGAAAGCACUCUCUGUACAAAGAACAAUAACAAAUCACGUCACCUACUAUCCAUAGAGUUAGUAGAAAAUCCUCAAUACAACAUAUACUAUUCGCUCAUUAACUCUGUAAUUAAGAACAACCCUUGGCAAACAAUUAAAUAUAAUAAUUACUUGGGGCCAUACGUUAAAUAUAAAUGCUCCCACGAAGAAAUAGUAAUAAAUGAAUAUGAAAUUUGGAAAAGUAAUUACGAUAAUGAGUUUAUAUAUAUAAAUCAGGAAUUAAAUUUUACUAUCGAUUUUAAUGCCCUUACUAUGAGGCUAUGCGUGAAGCAAAUUAAUUAUAUUGACAUCGGUUCUGUCAGAAUUGAGCAGUUAUUUGGCUUUAAGGUCAACAACCUAGACCCUUUAGAAGUUAGCGCCAUUGUAUCAUUAUAUAAUGAAGACCUAAACACCAGGCUUCUAAAAUUCGCCAUAAAAGAGGAUGAAGAGUGUAAUUCGAGUAAGGGCUUUUUUAUACAUUCCAAGGGUAAUUAUCCUAAGGAAAUCUUUCACAAUAAUAUUAUUGUAGAUGUAAGAGCAGAGUACGAAGUGGAAGAACAGAUCAACUUAGACAAACCCAAAUACUACGUAUGCAUGUGCUCCCUUGCAGAAAAAUGUAACGAAUGGGACGGCUUAAGUAUCUACAAUUUGUAUACAAACAUUUAUAUAAACAAUGAAAUAAUACCGCCAGAGGGAAAAAAAUAUGUUUGUGAACUCUUUUCCCCUUGUAACUUUACUGUGAAAUUCGAGUCAGACAACUUUUCAAACCAGUGGGUAGCAAAAGUCGGAACUUCAUGUAAAACGUACGAAUUCGCAGAUAUAGAAAUUAAGGCGCGAAAAAAUGAUAAGUUAAGUAACGACGCGUCGAACAUAAUCGCCAUUGACUUUAGUAUAUUCUACAAUGUCAGUCAGAUGAACAGUAACGUACUAAAUGAAGACUUGGUUAUCUGUGGAAAUUACAAAGAUCAGAAAUUUAUCUUUUCCAUAAAAGCGCAUUUUUUCCUUACCUAUAUUAGUACUCCCUACCAAAAAUUCGAAAUAAAAAAUAUCGAAUAUGAUAACCUCUGCAAGGACAAAAAAACUCUCAACAUAUAUUCCUACCAAGAUGGAGAGACAAAUCUGUAUAAAAAAAUGAACAUUGACAUAAACAACAAUUCCAGUAAAAUUGAAUUAAAUAUAGAAUAUGACCAUUUAAAAUAUGAUAAAAUAUUUUUUAUAAAAGAAUGUCAUUAUUGUAAGGAAGUUCUCACCUACACACACUACGGAAGUAUCUACAGUUUGCACAACCCCAUUAGAAACACAGAGAAAUACUGGGAACGAAGAAUAGGUAAGAAAAAUGUUACCAAGUGGGAUCCUAACAAGUCUAUAGAUCUGUAUCACUGCGCAUAUGAAACAGCGCAGAAUCACACACUUACCAGUUUGCUCCUUUUUGACGGACCUAAUGAAGAAAUUAAUUUUUACUGCUAUAGAGGCACUAACUGUUUGCAUAAGGCAAAUUUCACCUUGCUAUGGUAUCACUACACUAUAUAUGCUGAAAUUACAGAAACAGAAAGAAUCAUGAUAUCCUAUGGAGAAAUUAAAACAAAAAGCACUGCAUCAGGAGUACUGUCGGGCAUAAGGAACUCUGAACUUCACCUUACAAUCUCAAAGCAUAUCAUAGAUAAAAUUAAUCCAGGACCUUAUAAAAUAAUUUACUCCAGGAAAAUUGGAGAAUCCUUUAAGGAAAAUUAUAUUGGCACACUUCAUUACGUAGGUGCGUCACGACAACUUUUUCAAAUUACCCCUACGGACGAAACAGAAAUUACGCUGGAUGGUUAUUUUAAGAAUAUCAUCCAUGAACAAAUUACAGUAAUCAAAUAUUCAACCUGUGACUUUUACACUCUUAUGCGGGUUAAUUACGGAAGGUUGGGGGACUUGAAAAAUAUAUAUGAUAAUAUCCAAGAGGAAAUUUCUACUAGUAUUCAGGACUGUACAGUAUCUAGUGAAGAUAAGUUGACAUGCAAAAACAUGAAACCAAUAAAUAAAAAAUAUGCCUUAUGUUGGUGUUACGGAAGGAGAGAAAAUUACUGUAAUCGUCUCGAAAAUAUGCAGUUCCUAAUAACGGAAGUUGCCUCCUUGGAUCAUUCCAUUAAGCCAAUAGUGCAAAUAAACAAGCCACCAAGUGCUGUCUUUAUGAAUUAUAACACUGAGGGGUAUUUUUUUUUAGUGGAAGAUGAUUGCCGGGACAUCAAGCAUUUUCAUUUAAAAUCACAGCUAAAUAAAGAUGAACACAUUUUGAAUCUCUACAAAGAAUUGGAAUCCCCCAAAAAAUAUAAUCUAUGCGUAUGCAAAGUUACGCAGAACGUUGCCUGUGACAGCGAAAACCACUUUAACCCUCUGGAAUUGAAAUUGGAUCACACACAUUAUGACAAAGAAAAAUUAAAACAAGAUGUGCAAAAUUUUAAUACCAAAUUCACGGCAGUAAAAGAUUUCACUUUCAGCUCAGAGUUUAAGCAAUUACUAGAUAAUGGUGUAAUACAGGCUAUGGUUUUCCUUACAGGCUUCACGGAAUACAAAGAAUACGUUUGUCUUUCCGGAGUGCCAUGUAACGCACCUAUAAAAAUGCAAACUGUGUUCAAUUCUGAAAUAAAAUAUUUUUUACAUAUAAGGGAAUUGAAAAAAAUAGAACAAGUUGAUGAAAAGGAAAGCACUGCCAAGAAAGAACACAAUAAAGAACAACAAAAUGAAGAACAGAAAGAUGAAAAAAAAGAAGUAAAAAAUGAAGAACAGAAAGAACAAAAAGAACAACAAAAGGAACAACAAAAAGAAGAAAAAAAAGAAGAAAAUAAAGAAGAAAAAAAAAAAGAAAAUAAAGAAGAAAAUAAGGAUGGAAAAAAAGAAGAAAAAAAAGUUGAAAAAAAAGAUGAAAAAAAAGAUGAAAAAAAAGAGGAGAAACAAGGAGAAAAAAAAGAAGAGGAAGAAAAAGAGGAUCCUCUAAUGUAUUCCUCCUAUUUGAGAGCUCACAUUGACUCCACAGAAACAACAGUAGACACAAUUUAUUUCACAUUAAAUGACACAAAGGAGUGUAAAAAUGAGUAUAACCAAAUUUAUAAAAAAGCAAAGGGAAAAAUUAUUCGCACUCAAGAAAUCGAUUUAACAUUACAGCAAAUUUUAGAUGUUUCCUUCGAUUUGAACAUAGAUUUUGUACCUCCAGAAGUGAACAAACCUUAUGAAGUAUGUGCAUUCCUCAGGCCCACUGACAAGUAUUACUAUAACAUUGGAAAUGUUACCUUCUACGGACUGUUCAAUGAAAGUAAAGUUGUCGAAGUCGUUUCUGGUGUUCCAUUCAAUUUGGAAUUGAAACAGUUUAACUCAAAAUAUAAUGUAAAAAUCCGCUUCGUUUAUGCACACUAUGACGAUUCAGAUGUAUGCAAAAAUAACUAUGGGAACAGUGAAAAAAUUUUUUAUUCCGACUCAGUUCAACAACUAUUAACUCCUGAUGGGAAUGAAGAAAUAGAAGAUGAAGUUACGGUCCACGUGUGGAAAGAUUUGUUAACAAUUUUAGAUGCCGACAACUAUAGCAUCAUGACUGCACAUAGAAACGAUGAUGGAUCCCACAAUUUACACGUGUGCUCUUGUUACGAACUAGUACAAGGACACUGCGAUAAUGAUUAUUACUAUUUUGCAAAUUCCAUGAAAAUUAAAGUGCACACAGCUGUUUUGAUAGAACCCAAAAUGAAUUCCAUCAUACAUUUUAUGAAACCGUUUACCCUUAAAUUAAAAACAUCCAAAGUGCUAAAUGGAUCAAUUCGCAUUUUCCCAAUUGAUAUAAUGAAAGACUUGACUAAAUUAUGUCUAGAAAUAAAUCAGAGGGAUUAUUUUUUAACAUUUCCUGCAGAGGUAGAAGAAUAUGAGCAAACUUAUAAUGUACUUAUUAAUUUUCCCGCUCAAGCAAUUGUCGCUUGUUGGUGCUCAAAGGAAAAAUGUGAAGACGAUGACUACUUAAACAAGGUUGCAUUCUUUAAAUUGUCGAGUCCGAACCCUUUAGAAGUUCACACAGAUAUGGAUGGAUACUUUUCAUUUUCCUUCCUAAAUGAGUGGGUUCACAUAAAUGACAGAAUCUGGUUCGUUGAGAAAAACUUACCAUGCACAGACGAUACAAGUGCAAGCUUAUUUAAUGACAUCAUCCACAUAAAUAACAAGAAAUACCACCUCCACUGGGAGCAGAGUAUAGAGAUCUAUGGAAAACCAAGAAAAAUCGUCAAAGAAAUAAAUGAUAACUUCACGUGGAUUUCUAAAAUUUACAAAAUAACCAAUAUUCUAGAAAAGUACAUAAAAAUAUGCUACUGCUUUUAUUAUUAUAGCGAAAAUUGCAAAGACCGGAAAAAUUACACACAUAUCGGAUUUGUUCAUAACCAUAGGUUAGGAAAAGUAGUUACAGAUAAGGAUGAUCAAAUUGAUCAGACAAUUAAUAUGUAUGUACUGAAUGGAAAUUCCAUUAAAUUCGUCCCCAUGAAUUCCUACAACGAUAGUAAUAGAGAUAUUUGCAAUACUAGGAAAAACCAAAGUAACAGCAUUAUCCCUAUUUUCAAAAAAUCCGCCUUCAACUACGUUAAUCUCAAACUGAGAAUAUUGAACAUUUUUAAAAAACACUACAAAAAUGAAAUGAACUUUGUUGUAUGCUACAGUUCCUACUACUACGGGUAUAGGUACACCUACCUGUUAAGAAAAGUAGAAUAUAGUGAACUGUCCCGCAGGACAAUUCCUAUCAUUCAUAAUUAUAUGCUUGAACAAGGAGGAAUUACAUCUGAGUCGAUCCAGAAUCUUCGACCGAGAAGAAGAAAUCGACAAAAAAUAGAGGACCUACUCAAAUCAUACAAAAAAAUCAAACCGAGGAGGACCUUUUUUUACAACUAUUUUAUGGAAGAAGCGCUCUUUAGCCACAGGGAUGCGUUACCCUCAGGAUUAAGUAGUGAUAUCAUGGGCUAUGAGACAGACACCGAAAACAGCGGGGACGAUGGGGAUGAUGAAAAUGAUAAAGAAAUUGAUGAUGAAAUAAACAGGCUUAUGGACGAAGAGAUGAAGAGGAAGAAAGAGGAGAAGGAUAAAGAGGAGAAGGAAAAAGCGGAGAAGGCAAAAGUUGAGAGAGAGAAAGCGGAGAAGGAGAAUGCGGAAAAGAACGGCAAGGAUGACAAGAAUGACAAGGAUAAAGAUGUCAAGGGUAAAGAAGAAGAUAAGGAAGACAAUAAUGGAAAGGGUGAAUAUGAAAAGCAGAACAAUGACUACAGGGAUGAUGACCAAGAACACGACACGUUUAAAGUGAAUAGACAGAACCGGCAUAUGGGGGAGGGAGAGGACGAGGACGAGGACGAAGACGAAAACAACAGUAGCACACAAAAGGGAAAGCACGUUUUUCUCUAUAUAACUAAAGCGAUAAGGAAAAAAAUAAAAAUUACUUUAUCCCAGUUUUAUAAAGGCCUAAAGGUGGACUCUAAUGAAAUUAUGUACUACAAACGAAAAGGCGGGGCAACAGUGAACUACAUUCCAGAAAACAUAGUUUUAAAAGAAGAUUUAUCAGUCGCUGUAUGUUGUUAUGAAGGAGAUUAUGUGAAAAUAUCACCUAUCGUGGAAGGAAAUAAUGAUGUAAUCAGAAAAUCCCCUUAUGUGUAUUUACUAUAUAAGGCAAUAAAAGCAUAUUUUGGUAACGUAGACGAAAACAUCACAGGGAGUAAUACAGUCCUGCAACAACUGGGUAAUUCGUACGAUGAAUAUAACGAGUACAAUUAUUUAAGGAUAGAAAAUGUGAACGAAAAGGGAUUCUAUAAGAAUCAAACCCUAGCGCAGUUAAAAGACACCACAUUUGAGUUAAAGAUACGUGGAAAAAACAUACCCCCUCAUGAAUACACACUAUAUAUUAUCGAGCUUGAUAACAAUUGUUACGGACUAGGUAAAAAUGGCCACCACGUGGAAAGUGAAGAGUUUACUAUACAAACCAAUUAUAUCAUUUUUAAAAAUAUCCUCAUUAACAAAAGGAAUACAUACAAAUUGUGCAUACUGGAUAAGACACAAGACACCUACAACGAUGUAGGAGUUUUAAACAUUAACAAUUAUUAUGUAAAACUUGAAUCAUUCUUUGAUGAAAAUUUCAUUUCUUCUAAUCCUAAAAAAAUGAAUAUUAUACUAAACCUUUGUGUGAAUAACAAAUCUUACGAUGCCUAUGUUAUGAAAAGAAAGGGGAGUUUUAAAAUCACCCUUGACAUGCAGAAAGUAGCAUUUUCCGAAAGAAGUCAACAACUGGAGGAAUUUUUCCCAGAAAUACAAAACCAUCAGUUAAUAUCCUGCAAGAUUGACGUAGAUUUUGAUGAACACUACAUCUACGUAACUGACUUGAAUGUGAGAAGAAUUGCGCGCUUUCAAAUUUUCUCUCAGGGGAAUGCUAUUAAUAUUAUUAACAAGGGGAAAGGGAAAAGAAGCAUUCAAGACAAAGAUUUAAGGGCCUACAAAAGGAACACCCCCAUGGUUGAACAAGGAACGACGGGUAAAAAGAUCACACUCUAUUACCCAAAGGAGGGUCGCAAUUUCCACACCACAGAUUUGGUGCGUGCUUCUCUACAUGGUCCUGUUCACCCUGAUGGUGCGAAAAUUUUCAAAACAACAUUAUUAACGAAUAAAGAGGCACCUAAAAAUGACGCCACGGUGCUAACCAGGAGUAAACGGAGCGGAGAUUCCUAUACAGAGAAUGAUCAUCAAAAUUUAUUACAUUUUGGCACGUUAAGAAGGGAUAUGCGGAGCGAAAAAGAAAAAAGGACUCGCCUCCGAAGGGCGGAAGAAAGCGCUCUCCACAGUGACCCACGCACGGCACAGAUAAAAUUAGAUGCCAAUCCCAUUGUCGAUGCGUCGGAAAAAUCCCCCCAAUCGGUAGCAAAUAAGGAUGAAAAUACUCUCGUCAAAAAUGUGAAGUAUUUGUACAGCUAUCUACAAUCCAUGGUAAAAAAAAACGGAUUGACCAACUACUUCUAUGGACUACUUAACCCAGAAAAAAUAUCAAAGAAGAGAAACUUCAUGUUCAACUUUCUCGAUUUUUUCAAAAAUGGGGAGAAAAAAAAUCGGUCUAGCGGAAAUAAAAAAGAAAUGCACCAUCAGAUAGCACCUUCCAGCGUGUCUGCAAUGGCAAAAAAACAGGUCAGCCGACCAGUUGCGCGCACCACGGUUGCUAGAAAAAAAAGAGAUGCUGCUCAACCUGUAGACCGUUCAGUUUACGACGAAGCGAUAGAAAGGAAUAUUAAGAAGCUAUUAACUGUAGUGCAAACUGACAAUUAUUUAACAAGCCAAAUGGAUUACCUAAACCUGGAAGGAUAUCAAAAUCCGCUAUUCAUUAGCAUACAAGAUGAUAUACUGUACAUAUUGGAUUCUACAAGAAAUAAUUUUUUUAGCUACAAUUUGAAAAAUAAAAAUAUCAUACAAUUAGAAGAAUACAGCGCCACAGAGCAUAAGUUCUCUUUAAAGAACCCAUUAAAUUUUUCCAUAUAUCGUGGGGAGCAAACUGCACACACCUUACAUAGAACCAAUGUAGCAUUCGUAACACAAAUACGAAGUAACGAAAUUAAAAUUAUCGAUUUGAGUAAAAAUAAAUAUAGAAUAGUAAAAGCGAUAAGAUUGGAGAAGGGGUACAGACAUAAUGGAGUCAAUAAAGUCAUAGCCAUAGAUCAGAACUUACUAAUAAUUACAUCUCUUAUUAACGCGGAAAAUAUCAUUUAUCAUUACCAUUUCAAUUCCUUUGAUCAGUACUUUAGCAUUUCCUUCGAAUACACAUUUGCAAAAAAUUAUAAUUCAAAUGAUGAGUUAAACAUUGCACCAGAAAUAGACAUAUACAGCGAUUCACUCAUCUUCUUCUGCUUUCUAAACUCUGACGAUCAAUGCACAAAUGUGGAUCAAUUGACAAAAUUAGAAAUAUCAACUGAGACAGGAAUAAUAACGGGAAAACUAAAACACUUUGGAUAUUUCCAAUUAAAAAUUUUUGCUAAAACGCAUUUUCAACACCAAGUUAAGUUAUAUAAAGAUUUAUAUUCCUACUGUGACGUAGGGAAACAAUUUAACUACACAAAUCAAACGUGCGAUAGUUGUCCUAUUGGAACCUUCUGGGAUAGCGUAGAAUUAAAAUGUGAAAAGUGCGAGAAACAUUUUAAAAACACCUCUACCUUGAAAAGUGGAUCUAAGUUAAUAACGGAUUGUCUUUGCUCAGCUGGGUAUGAAUAUUCAGAAAAAACUGCCAGUUGUGAACAGUGUAAACCUGGUUAUUAUAAAAAAACGGCUGGUAAUUUUAUAUGUAUCAAGGGAUGCCCCAUUAAUAGGAAGAGUACCAUAUACGGAGCUAGGAGUUACAGCGAAAUGAAUUGUAAAUGUAGUGAAGGCUAUUACGAACAUAAUGGAAAAUGCGCUUUAUGUCUCAAAAAUUACUACUGUCCUGGAAACAAUCAACUGAUGCCAUGUCACAAAAACAAAAUGUCCCCAGAAGGAGUCACAUCUGCAGACGAGUGUGUAUGUAAGGAAAACUUUAUCUACAAUGAGAACAAUCAAUCGUGCACUUACUGCACUUCGGUUGGCAAGGUAAAAGGUGACGUUAUCUACUGCUCCCUGUGCGAUCCGAAAUAUUUGGACACGAACAUUUUUGCAAUCCCGAAUGAACAUAACUACGGUUUGGUGGACAAAAUAUACAAUUAUGAUGAGGACCUGCUCCUACAAGAUAAAAUGUUCCAGUAUGCCUAUUUUGAUAACCAUGGCCGUAAAAAUGGUCGUAAAAAUGGCGGUCAAAAUGACCACCAAAAUGACCACGCCAAGUUUGAAACUCUUAGCAUUAACAGGGAACUCCUCUUAGGGAACAACCAGGACGAGCCGAACAGGGAAACGUUCGCAAUAGAGGUAGACAUGCCCAAACCAAGCAAAUGCGUAUUCUGCGAAAGUGGGUACUUUAUGGAUACCAAAAAGGAAAGGUGUCUACCGUGUAGUAACAAAUACUGUGAAGGGUUCGCCAAAAAUCAGAAAGGAUGCCCCAUAAACUCCAUUGUGAACAGGGUAAUGGCCUCCUCCAUUUUUGACUGCAAAUGCAAAAUUGGAUAUGGUUCCAUAAAUGAAAGAAGAAGCGCAUUUAAUAAGAAACUCAGUUGCAAAUUAUGCCCAAAGAAUUUCUUUAACCAUAAGUUGUCAGAGCAGUAUUGUCUUCCCUGCCCACAGAAUACCUACACAGUAUCAGAGGGAUCCACGUCCAUCCUGAACUGCCUCCCUGAGGAGGGCCACUUCCUUCUCAUGUUCAAGAGCAUAGGCAUAGAAUACAUGAGGUAUAAAUUUGACAUCAACUCGGAAAACAGAAUUUAUAGCUAUUUCCAGGAGAGCGUCAAAAGCUUCGACGACGAUGUGUAUGAGUUGUUUUUGGAUCAAAAAUUUGAGCAGCUUUUCAACGAUGUGGAUAAGAACCAGGACAAGCAGGGGAAGCGAAAUAACGAAGCGGCGUUGCAUCCAGGGGGGCAGCAAAAUAAUCAAGGGGUCUUGCCUCCAGAGGGACAAAACAACGCGCAAAAUGGGCAAAACGGGGAAAACGCACAAAAUAACAAGUACAAAUUGGAACACUUGAAAAACCUGGGGUUCCUAAAACGGACGUCCCUCUUUUACAUAUACACCGUACUGCUGAAAAAUAUGGAAGAAAACUACGACUGGAAAUCUGAUAAGAUGCUCAAGGUCACGUGCCACGUGAAUCUACACCUAAAGAGCAGCCCCAACUUUACUGUGUCCUAUAAACCCAAUUUACAGUCCUGCAUAGACAGCUGCAAAACGAAUAUCUACUGCACAGGGGUGGAAUUCUCAAGGAAAAACGUAGAAUACACACAAAUAUUUUUAAAAAAUAAUCAAAAAAUAAUUGUUGGAUAUUUUAAAUGUAAGCAUUAUAGUUUCGAGAGUAUAUAUGAUUAUAUCCACUCCCAUGUGGAUAAUUUUUUGGACGAGAAUAUCGAAAGGGCCAUCGUGUCCAGAACUCCUUUAGCUUAUACAGACUUUAUAUUAAGAAAUAAAAACAACAUCAUUUUUACCUGCUCCAUCGAUAGAGAUAGAAAAUUUUUACUCUAUAAGAAAUAUCAAGUGGCUGAAUGCUUUAUGGGGAAAUUCUGUCCAGGGAAUUACACCCCUUACUUGAUAUCCUGUCCAGAUAACUCAAAAACGGUAGUUACUUUGGCCAGCAAUGUGGAUAAAUGCCUAUGCCUGAAAGGCUACUCCUAUGUCGGAAUUGCAACACUUAGAUGUGCGGUAUGCGAUAGAGGGACGUACAAAAAUUACGUAGGAAACUUUAAGUGCGAAAAUUGCCCCCUAACCUUUUCAACAGUAAAUAUAGGAUCCACCAGUAUUAACGAUUGUUCCUGCACUCCAGGAAAUUAUUUCACCUUUGAUACGUUGCAAAAUUUUGUCAAUUCGGAAAAAAUUAACUACAAAAAUAUUAUUGACCAAUAUUUUAUUGUCCCCAAAAAGAAACAAACUGACGUAUAUUACAGGACAGAAAUUGUGAAAAUCAGCUUAAAUAACCUAAACAGGAUAGAAGUUAAUGAAGGAACCAAUCAAACGUUAAAGCGUGAGAUAGCUGUAUGUAGGCCAUGCCCUCUCGAUAACCACUACUGCGAAGGAGGAAUCGAAUCAGACAUCACCUUCAACAACAAACGUUUCCAAGGCCAAUUUCACACACUACCAAAAAAAUGCCCCAACGAUUUAGUUAUUCCAAAAGGAAUAAUGCAGAGAAGCUCCAUAAAUAACUGCAUAUGUAUUCAUGGAAAAUUUUUAAGAACAUCAGAAGAUAAAAAAGUAGAAUGCAUCCCAUGUCCUCCCAACACAUUCAAGGAGAACGAAUAUGAUAACAGCUGCUCUGGGGUCUGUCCACAUUUCUCCACAACGUUCAUCGGUUCGUCAUACGAAAAUCAGUGUUUCUGUAAAAACGGUUAUUACUUGGCCACCACGGAAGAUCAAAACGACGGUGAGAAUAGUACUAACCCUUUACAAAGUAGCAGUCUAACCAAACGUGAGAAACGCACCAAAAGUUGCAAACCAUGCCCCAAAGGAGCCGUAUGUAACAGAGGCUUCCAUAUUGACCUCUUUCUUCAGCUGCUAAAAAACAGGGAAUAUAACAAUAUAAACAUUUUAGACCAUGAAAAUCCAUAUCCACUGUACGGAAAUUAUGCAGUCUAUAAGGAAAAACACCCAAUCAAUGAUUGGGACCCCCUACAGGAUAAUGAGGACUUAAAAUAUUCCUACCCUUAUUACAACUUACUCCUAUUUAUUCAGAAAAAUGUCCAAAGCAGGAAUUACUUAUUUUUUAAAAAAAGCCAAGAUCUGCAUCUAAAUAUGGAAUUCAUAGAAGCCUUAAAAGAAAGGAAUAAGAAUAAGAAAGCAACCAACGCAGUCGAAGGAGGAGAAACACAUAAUUUUAUACUCCACCAGACAAAUGCGAUCUCUUUUUUGAACUACAAGCAGGAGGAUAGAAAAAUUGUGAAAAAUUCAAACGAGGUGAUCCCAAACAAUCAUACGAAUGCAAUUUCUACUUAUUUAAAAAAAACUGUGCCGACUAUCCUAAUAGGUAAACCUGAACAAAAAAUAACUCCUCCGCUUCUACAAAGUAACGAAAUGAAAUACUCCUUCGAAGAAAUGUUCAAUAAAUACAUAGAAGAGGCAAACCAAUUGAGAAUAAAAAACAACAAAUUUGAAAGAUUGCCAGACAUUCAUGUUUGUACUAUACCUGAUAGGUGUCUAGGAACAAUAACCAACAUGUGCCAGGAAGGGUCCACAGGAUACCAAUGCAAUAAUUGUCAAAAGGGAUACGACAUGAGUCAUUUCAAGUCCAAGUGCCACAGAUGUAAAAAUUUCUUCAACGAAAUAUUUCUUAUGAUAUUUUUAAAAAUGAUUUAUUAUGUAAUUAUUAUUCUGAUCGUUUCACUCAACUAUAAUAGUUGUUUCAACAAAUUGUACAUAAGUGGUAUUCUGAUGAAAAUUUGGUUUAACGGAUCCUUUACCCUUGUGGCAUAUGGAUUUUUUUCACCCACAGCCAAUUUAUUUAUUACCAAAUAUUGGCACAUUUACAGAAGCUUGUUUCUCUCCCAUUUGAAAAUGUUUUCUUAUUACUUCAGGGUUGGCUGUUUUGUCCACUCGUACAAUACAAAUGUGCAUUACAACGAAGUGUGGUACAUGCAGAAGUACGUGAAUAUUUUUACGCCUCUUUUCGAUGCCGUUUCUAUAACGCUUAUCAUGUUUGUUAUCCUUCACGUGUACAAAUUUAUAUGCAAAAAGAAGAUACAAGAAUUUGAGAACGUCUUGUCGACAAUUCCGGAGCUGAAGGUGAAAUACCACUUGGACUGCCUAACAAAUAACCGAAACAGAAAAGAAUUCCCCAAAAAGGGAAAAAAAUCGAAAAUUUACGUGUCUAAUAAAACGGAGGACGACCAAGAUUCCUGCACCCAUUCGACGGUAACCCACGACUUGGAAAAAAAUGGCCUAAGUGAUAAGGAAAACGGGGUGGAUCCAAAUGGCGAAUCCACCCUGCUUGAUGAAAGCGCUCCAAAUGUUCCUAAUCUGACGAACAGAAAACAUGUCCAAGUGUUUUGUGAAGACGAUGUCCUCCACAAUGUAGAUGAUGACGAACAAAAUGGGGAAUGCACAGAGUACGAAUUAAAAUACCUAAAAAGUGACGACAAAAUGUACGACAUUUUCCUAAACGAAACGGUUGAGUAUAUUUAUAAUAAGAAGAUUUUCGGACCUUGGCGAUUUAUGCAUAAAAGAAAUGAAAAGUUAGGAAGGAGACUCCUCACAUUUUUACACGACACCUUCCCCUGUUACACUUUGCUCAUCGUCCUAUCCUCACCCUACGUUCUUAUGGAAGUGAUUCAACUCGCCUUCUGCAAACCGAUAAAAUACAAGUCCCAACAAUCAGAACUGUACUUAUCCUAUUUAACCACGCAAAAGUGCACCCUUUCUGAUAAUUCCUUCUUUACAGGAAUUUUGGUUGUUAUCCUGGCCUUAUUCUUCUAUGCUGGCAUUUUUACACUAUUGAUAACGCUAUAUUCGAAGCGCAAUAAGUAUAAAUUGUUUGAUAUUUUACUGUCCAAUUUAUUAACAGGGUAUAAACAAGGCACGGAAAUCUUCGAAUUUAUAUUUAUCCUGAAAAAUAUCAUUUUAAUACUACUAAUAACGUUGAGUAUACACUACGAAUUUUAUUAUGUCAUCCUAAUCACUGUCAUAUUAACAACUUUCUCCAUUCUGGAGAUUUAUUCUACCCCCUUUGAUGGAAGGUCCUUCAACAUCCUCAACAUAUGUUUGCGCGUUGGGAAUGUCUUAAACAUUUUCGUUGCCCUAACCAUUUGGGGUAGUUUCUACUGGAACUAUGGGAAGUUUUUCUACAUCCCCAUUAUCAUUAUCCUCUUUUACCACCUUUACAUGCUACACAAAGUGAUCCGAGAAAUUAUCCUGUCCAGAUAUUCAAUCUACACAGAAAAAUUUAUAAGUAUAAAAACAGCAGCGUAUGGGGAAAAUAACAUUAAGCAUAAUAACUAUAAACUGUACUACAGACUUAUGAAUAAAAUUAAAUUUUUCCUGAAUAAAAAUCAAAAGAAAAAUAUAUCCAAACAGUCUCCAAAUAAUGAUGGUCCAAAUAAAAUCAACAGAAUGUCCAAGGAAAAUAUAAAAUUUGAACCAAUAGAGAAUAUCAUAAAAAGGUAUAACAUCAACUUAAAUAACGAUAUAUCCAAAUGGAACAGUGCAAACAAUAAGGAGCAAAUCGAAAAGAAGAAAAAGGAAAUCUUCCACAUAAAGAAAAACCACCUACCCGUAAACAUCCACAACGUAGCGCUCAUAUGGUAUGACGAACAAAAUGAAGAUUUACUAUUUCAAAUGCCUUUUGAAAAUAAAUUUUGCUUAGACUUAAAUGGGGAUAAAGCUAAAAAUAACAAGAAGAAAUUCUUUUCCUUCUUUCCAAAUUAUGCAAGAGAUAAACGAAGGAAAAAAAAUAUUAAAUAUUUUGUAUCCGCCAUAAUAGAAAUUAUCGACAAGUUUUUGUGUGCAUCAAAGGUCGGUUCGAUUUACGAAAAUUGGUUCGACUUUUCCAUGAGGUUUGCCUUUGUCUACAUAUCAUGGAUUAAAAAAAUUAAUAAAACUAAUGUUGUCCUUCCACACAACAUGGAUCAGUUAAAAAUGAACAUAGAUCAGUACGUCUUCUUUCCUCUAUUUUAUAAAUGUGAACUCAUCAAUCAGGAGAGAAGCAAUUUUAGCGUCUCUGCGAACACCCCCGGAGACCAGCCCCCAAACAGUGCGCCCACCGAAGCGUUGGAAAAGAAACACAGCUUUGAAAACACAGAAAUAAAAAUUAGCCGCAGCUAUGGAUCGUAUAACCAUAUGGGAAGUCUAAAAAAUAGGAAACACACACAGGAUAGAAAUAACAAUAUCAUGGAUGACAAAUAUUCGAAUGAUGCCCCAUCUGAUAAAGAUGCAUCCUCGAAGGGAAAAAGUGAAACCAGGAAAAGCAGCGAAGAGCAAGCACAAAUGGGCGUUCUAAGUUAUCUCAAAAAAAAAGAAAAAAAAAAAAAAAAGGCCCAAGCAAAAUUAAAAAAAAAAUCGAUCAAAAUGGAUAACCCAGAGAUACACAACCAUAUCAACCAAAAGGACCAUUCAUACAAAUUUGAAAAUAUUUUCAACCAUUCCAUGGAUAUUUUUUCCUCAGAAAUGUUUAAUGAAAGCACAUUCAACAUGCUCAUCUCCCUAUUCGAAUUGUACAUAGCUAUGAAAACGUUAAAGUCAAUGGACAUGCAAAGUUUUACCAAAUUGUAUCAACUUUAUAACGAAAAAUUCAUACGAUUUGAAAAAAGUCUUGUCUUCUACAUAAAUAAACUGAGGGAUGAAAUAAAACUGGAAACAGAAGAAAUCGAUAAUGAAAUAAAAACAGGCGAUACUGCAGAAAAAAUGAGAGUGAAAAAUUAUUACUUCUAUAAGGAAGAAUUAAAUAAAAGAAAAAAACUCGAGCAAGAAUUAAUGUCCAAAAUUGAAUGCCUACAAGAUUGCAUAGAUGUAAAUGAAAAGUCCCAAUCGUUAAGAAAUUUAUUGAAAAAUUCUCGGAAGAACAUACCACCCGAUGGAAACGUGGAUGAAGAUAUUCAUUACAUCUUCUCCGUUUUGCAAAAUGAAGGCACUUACAAGUUCGACCAUUCGAAGACGAAGGAACCAAACGAUUGA